CUUAAUGAUGGCGGCGAUUCGUAAACAACAAUUUAUUCGUGGUUGCCAAGUUAUUUAAUAUCAAACAUAACUACGGCCUACAGACUAUAUAAUACUAAUAGCUGUACUAGAAAACUGAAAAAAUGAACCAGAAAUUUGCAUUGGAACAAAGCUGAUAUUAGGUAAUUUCAAGUUUACAAUGUUUUCCAAAAAGAACACAAUGAAACAUCAGAAAGUAAAACACCGUUCGGACUUGUUAAUGCAGAAGCAUAUGCAGCUGGUCCAUGAAGUACAGAGCGAGCUGCUGUCUGCUCUACAGCAGUUGGAUGAAGCAGGAGACACAACUCUGAUUGAGCAGCUUCAUGGCAGAGUGGCUCGUUUGAACGAUGAAUCUCUGCACCUUUUAUUCUCACUUCAGGUAAUGGAGAAAAUAAACACAGAAUUAAUGUAUGCAAGGGAAGAUUUAGAUAAAGCAUUACAUUCAGGUGUUGGGAAUAUUAUCGAAGCGAGAAAACGAGUAAUUUGGCUUGAGGACAAGAUGGCAGAGAUAUGUGAGACAAAGAAGCUUCAGCACCAAACAGUUACCAACAUUCCUGAAAGUCAACCAUCAGAAGCUGACUCACAGAGAACUAGUGAUGACAUUGAAAGCAUUCCUUUGGAGCAACAAUAUAUCACAGAUAAUGAGAAAACUACAGAGAGAGAAGACUUAAAUAAACAAGAUCAAUCAGGUGUUGGUGAUACAGAGGCUACACAAGAAAUUUUGGAUGAGUCAGACACUUUGAAAGAUUCUUUACAGCAAAGGGGAACUGAAAGUGAUGGGGGUGAUGUUACAGAGGAAAGGAGAGAUAGAACGCCCAGUGGAACAGGGAGAGAAGAUCACUCAGAUCUAGAGCUGACUGAGGAGCCUGAACAUGAAAGCCAUAUUUACAUGACAGAGGUUGAAGGUCAAAUGCCAGAGCAAGAUAACUCAAAGUUGCAUGUUUUAACCAGCAACCACAGUGAUGUAGCAGCAGAGUACUGGCAGUCAGAGCACCACAGGUUUGAAUACAGCCAGUUUGCUGACAUCUUUGUACAGGCAGACCCAUUGAGCUACCACCAGGUGGGGCUGGCUGUACCUGGCUCAUUUAUUCAAAAAGAGGAUUUGGAAUCUGAGUUUAGAGAACUGCCUUGGCGUAUAAGAAGAAAAGGAAGUGAUAUCAAAGAUAUUCAUCGUAUUGCCUUAGAUAAACUGGCAUCUAAAAUUCAUGGACUGUAUGAUAAAAUUUACAACGCGUCCCAGUUGUCUGUCAGAGAUUGGAACCAAAGCAAGGACAGUCUUAGACAGCUGAACACCUCACAGGGCAACCAGAUGCAAGGUGACCUCACAACUAAAAGUUUACCAAGUCUGACAAAGGUAGUCCCCCGGCGCCACCUACAGAACACACACAACAAGAUGUAUUCACCACUGGCCCAACCUCAGGACAAGUCGUCCAAGGCUAAAGUGUCUGUUUACUACCCCAAGCCCAUCCCCCCUCCCCCAGUGCUCCCUAUAACUAGAACUAGUACCAACAAAGAGUACCCAAGAUUUGCUGACUCCUUCUGUAAACCUGACCCAGACCUGCGACACCCGGCCCAAAGAAUUGUCGACCAGAGGAACCUGCAGGAAGAGACCAAACUUAAUUUGUACAAGGAAAAAAAGAAACCUCCCACCCCUGGGGCUGCACACCUAGAAAGAAAGUUCCAGAUGAUGAUAGAGACUGAAGGGACAUCUAGCACAAAAUCUUCUGGUAAGAAAUUGCGAUCUGGUUUUAAAGCAGCAGCAGUUUUAGGCAGGUUAAAAGCAGCCAACACAAAUUCCUGGAACCUCAUCAAGCCAGACUCCAGAGGCAAUGAAUAUUCAGGGCUCAGGUGGGAGAGGGUUAAGACAAUUGUCCAUGUUCAACUUGAGUCAGAUAGAGAAGAGGAACGCAUUGAUGCUGCGAGGCAACUUGGUCUACUCAAGUCUGGCGAUACAAUGGUUGCGUUUGCUUUAAAAGAAAAACUUGAGAAAGAUCCAGUCCAAAGAGUCCGAUAUGAGGCAGCCAAGUCUCUAAUACUUCUAGGUUGUUGGGAUGAGCCACUGUUGGAGUUUGUGUUAAAGUAUCUGGUGCUGGGCAACUCGGAGGUUAGAGGUGACUUGAUCCAAACCAUCAGCUCAGGCAAAAAUGUUCAGUACAUUAGCAAUUCCCUGCCAGCAUUUAACGAACUGGCCAAAGUUUUGAGCCAUUUGUGUCAGAACCCUGACCCAGAUGACCCCAUAGCAUUUCAUGCUGCAGUUUGUCUGGGUCAUCUUUGUGUGAAGGAUGACCACGCGCUGGCUCGUCUGAUGAGCACAGUCAAGGAAUCCAGGGACACACACAUUAAAGCUAAGGCGCUGGAAAUUCUCGUGAAGCAGAUGCACGUGACCAAUGAUGUCAUCAUACAACACAUGGAGGCUCUACUCAAGGAAUCUCCUGUGUGGGGGCACAGGGCGUUAGCCUGUAAUCUGUUCAUUUCAUUUGGUCCCAAACACCAGUACGUGGUCAAACAUCAGGACAAGAUUUACAACCUUCUGGAGACUCGUCUCUGGGAUGACCCCAGUAUGGAUGUACGGCUGGCAGCAGCUAAAGCCCUGACAGCGUUGGGAAUGUUUGCUCAAGCCUGUGAUAGUGUCAUCACGAAAUUGGAGGACCCAGAGGAACAUGUCAGAGCUGAGGCUGCUAUGGCUGUUGGCACACUUGGAAUGAAGAAUGAGAAAGUGAUUCGUCUGCUGCUAGAGAUGCUAGAACUGGACACCAGUGAUUAUGUCAGAUUAAUGAUAAUCAGGAGUUUCAGAGUUCUUAAACUCACUGACAGAAGAAUUCUGAGAUCUUUACGAGAGAGAGAAAAACUGGAAGGCUCUCUGGGCAGAGAAUGUGGUAAAGCACUUAAAAUUUUGGAUCAGAUUUUAACAACACAAACAUUGAAUGUGGGUUCAGUAGCUGCUGCUUAAAAAAAUAUUGUUCUCUGUUAAAAUGUAGGGAUAGUUUUUAAUGCUUGGACUGUGACACAUUUUCUUGGCCUUUGAAUUAUUUUCUUUACCGCCUUGAAAUUGUUUGAUUUAAGACAUCCAUCAGGGAUCAGAGGUGUCAGUUUUCACAGUUUAUAAUUAUGUGAUGUUUUGAUUUUAUCAGAGCGUAAUAUGUGAUUUUUGACAUUGUAUUAUUGUAAUCUUGGUUUUUUGUAUUUGUACAAAUAAUGUGACUUUAGAUGUGAAAGGAAAUUUAACUGUGAUAAGAGACCUAUUGAUACAAUUUUUGUUAAUCAAAUAUUUAUGUAUUUGUGAUAGCUAGGCUAAGGACACAAUUUUUGUUUGCCAAGUCUUUAAGUUCUUGUGAUUUAAAUUGUAUUCUGUCUCAUAUGAUAACCUUAUACAAAUAUUUUUAAAUUAAGUAACAUUGUAUAUAUUUA